GAGAUAUUUUCCUGACGUCACAGCUGCUCGGUUUGGUUAAAAUCUGCAUAGAAACAAGAUAUAAAUCCAGAGAUUGAAGAACCUAGAACAGUGGUAGACUCAUGAUGCAUUGUCUAACGACAUUUUCGUUCUCAAACAAGCCUCAGAUUCUUUGUUCUUUUUCGAAUAACACUAAUCCGAAGCCUCCAACCAGUGGGGCGAACACUGCCAUUCCUACAACAGAAGCAACAAAUCAUCUCCAUCCAAAGCAGAAACUUCAAAGGCAAAAUCAACCUUCUGUGGCUGAAAUCGAAAGAGCCAUAGGCGCCGGCGUUUUCCGGGACAGAGACACCAGCAACAGGAACUCAGAGCAGAGGAAGACUCUGUUUGAUUCAAUUUUGUCGAAUUCCAUCCGGAAGUCGGAAGGGUCGGUGGAGAGGAGGCUCCGGGAGACCGGAGAGUGGAUCAUUGAUCGAACUGAGAAGGAAUCUAAUUCUGCUGGGAAAAGUAUCCUGAUGGCUGUAUUCCAAUGGAUUCUACCAAUAUGGAUAUUGUCAUUUCUUGUAGCUUCCGGCAUAAUAAAGCUGCCAUUCAGUAUCCCUCUUCUUGAUGAUCUUAUCAUGUGAACAACAAUUUUCUCGAAGUUUAUACAGAGGAAUGUUGCCAACUAGCAGAAGAUUAUGAGCUGGAAGUAGUAUAACAAAAAUGACCUCUCAUCCGAGGGACAUCUAGGGUAAGGGUUAAGGAAUUUGCAUAUGUUGCUGGAAUUAUACUCACAGAAAUAACCUACCUCAUCUCUCUGGGUCGCAUUCCUCUAAACUACGUAUGUAAUAUGUAACAAUUUUAUUACGAAGCACAUAGUCCAAAGUUUUGGCUAUUCCCUGUAUUUAUUGCAUCGUUUCCCUUGAUUUAUUGAAGAAAUAAGUACACCUUGUAAGGAUUA